GAAAUUACGUAGCGUCAAACUUGCGCACUGCUCCACGUGUGAGCAGCAGAAAAGGCACAUUGGCAGAUCCGCAUCUCCACCAUGAAGCGACCAAAGUUAAAGAAAGCAAGUAAGCGGGUGUCAUGCUCCAAACGCUAUAAAAUACAGAAAAAGGUCCGGGAUCACACCAGAAAACUAAGAAAAGAGUUGAAAAAGAACGGAGGACCGAGCAAACGGCCGAAGAAAGAUCCCGGCGUGCCCAACAGCGCUCCCUUCAAAGAGGAGGUCCUCCGCGAGGCCGAGCAGAGGAGGCAGGAGAUUGAAGAAAUAAAAGAGAGAAAAAAACAAGCUAAAAAAGUUCAGCGGGCCCAGAAGAGAAAAAGGGAGAAACAGACCGGAGAAAAACAAACAGAACCCACAGCCAAGAAGCCUCUGAAGGAAGUGGUUGAAAAACAGCCAGAGAUACAGCCCAGCCCAUUCAAGGGCACAAAACAGUACCUCUGUUCUGAAUUAAAUAAGGUAAUAGAUGCAUCUGAUGUCAUAAUAGAAGUCCUUGAUGCACGUGAUCCACUGGGGUGCAGAUGUCCACAGCUAGAAGAGGCAGUGCUGCAGAGGGAAGGCAACAAGAAACUCCUAUUGGUUUUAAGCAAAAUAGAUCUGGUACCAAAAGAAAAUGUGGAGAAGUGGAUACAGUGCUUACAGCUGGAGUUUCCAGUUGUGGCGUUCAAAGCAUCAACACAGAUCCAGCACAAAACAGUGCGAGCCAGGAAGAGCAGGAUAGUAGCCUCCAAUGAAAUCCUGGACAGAUCCCGAGCAGCAGCCUGCUGUGGAAACGGGUGUCUCGCUGAAUUCCUGAUUAGUUAUGCUGCUAAAACAGAGACUGAGUCUUCACUCAAAGUGGGCGUAGUGGGUUUUCCAAAUGUGGGGAAAAGCAGUCUCAUCAACAGUAUGAAGGGGCUCCUCGCAUGCAAUGCUGGAGUCACGAGAGGCCUCACAAAAUCAAUGCAGGAGGUGAGCAUCCAGAAGAACAUGAAGCUAAUAGACAGCCCUGGAGUCAUGGCAGCACCGUCCAACCCGCCAGCCUCCAUGGCUCUGAGGAGCCUGCAGGUGGAGGAGGGUGAGGUCAGUGUGCUGGAGGCGGUCCGGACUCUGCUCAAACAAUGUGACCAUAGCCAGAUCAUGCUUCAGUAUAAUAUCCCUGACUUCAGAAACUCCUUGGAGUUUUUGACGUUGUUCGCCAAAAAGCGUGGAUUCCUUCAGAAGGGUGGAAUCCCUAACACAGAACAGGCAGCCACGGCUUUCCUCGCUGACUGGACAGGAGCUAAGCUAAGCUAUCACUGUAAAGCAUCGGAGAACCACACCCUCCCAGACUACAUGUCCGCUGCUGUUGUGGCUGAGAUGCAGAACGGCUGCUCUAAUAUUCUAAAAACAGGCAAUGAGGAAACUCUGAAAGAUGUGAAAUUCCCAAGCCAAGCCGGCAGUAUAGGGUUCACCUCUAAAGGUCCGACUGCCGGCCUACUGAGUAUCGACGACGUCUCUGAAGAAAAACCUGCUGAUGCAGUUUCAGAGAGAGCAGAGCAGAUUGUUGAGAAUAAUCAGCCUGAACAGACUCCAGAGGAGGCGAAUGAAACAAAAGCCGAUGAGCCUCCUAUUAAAAGAAACCCAGGCCGUGUGCAGUUCGAGUCUGUCCCCAUUGAUAUCAGCCUCUCAACAGCAGGAGACGCCUAUGACUUCAACACAGAUUUUAAAUGAGCUUUGCCUUCUUGGUGUGGAUGAGAUGGAGACCUUGACAUGUUGGCAUUCAAGGACAAGCUGACUGCAAGAGGGACUGUCGAGGUGCCUUUGACCCCAUCCUGUCAGGCAAAGUUGAUUCAGAAUGAAUUUGAAGUUUAAGUGGUUUUGCCCUUUCUUCAAAUUCUGAAUCUGGACGACAUUGGGACAAUGUCCAGGCGAGGACCGACCUUUUUUACCCUUGACGUCUUUCAGUUGUCUAGGACUAAUAACUGCCCAGAAAAUGGACAUGAAAAUAUCCAGACUUGCUCUCCCAGAUAUUGUCUUAGAAGUCCAGAGGUCAUUUGUAAUAAUGUGUGCUAAAUAUUGUAUAUAGACUAUGUACUAUAAAUGUAAUAAACCCUUUACAAAGCCGAAAUAAUUUAUCACUGUCUGUCUUCCAAAACCUUGAACAUACUAUAUAGCAGAAUCAUGCUGCGUUCUCCUUGUGACUUGUUUUUAAUUACCCUUUUCAGGAAGUAUUACUAAAAACAUAGCAUGAGCUGCAAAUGGCUAAUCCUGAAUGAUAAAAAUGAAUUCAAAUGACUUUUACUACACACGAUAAAUAUUUACAACAGCAAGGCAAAUGCUUUUCAACAUGUAAACAAAUCAAGGGGAUAUAAGGCUCUAUAAUGAAUAAAUUCAACCUGUGAGGCAAUACAAUACAGAAUUAGUGUUCAUUUAUAGAAGUUAUAAUUCAUAGGUGGGAAGAAUCAAAAUAUUGCAAAUCCCACUAAAUAUUUUUUAAGUAACUUCAAUGUUUAAUGGAAAGUCUGCUCAACAGGGAAGGUCAGGGUGCCCUUGACCAUAUGUCAAGCAAAGUAGAUUUCUGAAUCAUUUUAAACUUAAGUGGAUUUGACUACUCGGUUGUGUCUUUGUCCUUUCUUCAAUUUCUGAAUCUGGGAGAACUUGGGACAGUUUCCAGACGACUAACCUUUUUAUACUAGACCUCUUUCAGUUGAGUACAAAUCAGUGCCUAUCAAAUGGACUUUAUCUACUGUCAUUAUGGUGUAGUGGUCAUGAAAUUAUCCACUGACCUCUCCGUCCAGAUGAUGGUGAAAGAUCUACAAUGUCUAGAGGUCAUUAGCAAUUGUCAUGCAAAAUAAUGUAUAUAGACAAUGUCCUAUAAAUGUAAUAAACCCUUUACAAAACUA